AUGUCUUUAGGAACCAAUAUAAGAACUAGGUUUAUAGGAACCAAUAUCAGAACUAGGUUUAUAGAAACCAAUAUCAGAGCUAGGUCUUUAGGAAUCAAUAUAAUAACUAGGUCUAUAGGAACCAAUAUCAGAACUAGGUUUAUAGGAACCAAUAUAACAUAUAACUUGGCAUUGGUUGUGUACGCAUCAACGUUCAUGAUAGUGUCCUUAAGUAUUGACAGGGUGGACGCUAUCGCAAGGCCAAUGAACUUUACCAGAAAAGCAACAACAGUUAGAGUUCUUGUAAAUGCAGCGUGGAUUACAUCAGGGAUCCUGUCUAUACCUUCAUUUCUUUUGUUUGACACAUACAGUCAUACGAACGGAAAACAAUACUGUAUGAUGAAUCUAAAUGAAACAUGGCAUUGGCAGCUAUAUACAACUCUUGUUGCGCUGACAGCAUUCAUAAUUCCUGCACUCAUCAUUGUCAUCUGCUACAGCAUUAUUUUAUUCGUGAUUUGGGACAAGGGACGUGGCUUUCAUAACUCUUAUAACGGAUCUAAAUGUCGUGGAAAGUCACAAUCGGCAGUUGAGGGUAACAAAGGCAUCAUUCCACAAGCAAAGAUAAAAACAAUUAAGAUGACUUUGAUUAUUGUAUGUGUGUUUGUGCUUUCAUGGAGUCCUUACUUUGUAUUCAAUUUGAUUGACGUGUACUCAAAUAAGACCAAAACGACAACACAAUACGCAGUGACGUCAUUGGUCCAAAGUCUUGCUCCUAUAAAUUCAGCGGCUAAUCCCAUUAUAUACGGGGUGUUUGGUACCAGUAUUUGUCAAAAUCUGAGGCGUAUCCCAUGUAUAGGUUACUUGUACAAAUGGUUUUGCAAAUGCCGAAUAAAACGUCACAAUUUCAACUUCCGUACAUCACAUCGUCAGUCGGAACAAACAAAUGUUGACGUCACAUCCGCUAAAUACGUCAUAGUGACAAAACGUGGUUACCGGUAUUUGGUUAAAUCUAAUUUAAAGCACGACGAUACAACUCAACAGAACGGACAAAAUACAUUACCCACGUCAAAUAAUACAUUAAAAAAUGACGAAGCAGAAAAGACAGAAAAAUGCGUGGCCCAUGACGUUGUUUCAUCUCCCCGGACACAAAAUCCUUCAGUCUGUCAUUUCCGGCGUCGGCCAUCAGGUUUACCGUUGGCGAACAGAAAGAUGACAGACCAAGAAACAAUUCUUUUAGAAACCUAUAGAUCUAAUGGGAAGAGUAGUGUUGCAGAUGAUAACUCCUCUCUAAAUGAGGACAAUUCUCUUGAUAACAAAACAUACUGUUAUAGUCAAGUUUAUAAUAAAAACCGAUUAUCAGGGACCAGACAGGUGUCAGGAUCUGAUGACGACAUUAUGUUUGACAAACACAAGAUGGAAGAAACAGUUCUUGUUUGACUUGUUUUGUUUUUUUAUUUAUCUUUUCAAAUGCACUUUAUGUAACUAUUCGUUUUACUUCUUGCAAAUAAAUUUCGUAAUUUGUA